CAUGUCUUUAAACAUUCUCAUAUCCUAUCUCCUACAGCAUCUCUUAAUUUUGUUAUAUAUAGUAUCCUUCGUAUCUCGUACAUAAACCCUCCGCAACUACAGUUUCCAUCUCUCUUUCUCGUAUCUACUUUGAAUGGCGCCGAUGAGUUUGCCUCCAGGUUUCAGGUUUCAUCCAACAGACGAAGAGCUAGUGGGAUACUAUCUGGAUAGGAAGGUCAACGGCCAAACCAUUGAGCUUGAGAUCAUCCCCGAAGUUGAUCUCUAUAAAUGCGAGCCAUGGGAUUUGCCUGAGAAGUCAUUUUUGCCGGGAAACGACAUGGAAUGGUACUUCUACAGCACAAGGGAUAAGAAGUAUCCAAAUGGGUCCAGGACAAACCGUGCGACCCGAGCGGGUUACUGGAAAGCUACAGGGAAAGACCGUGCAGUAGAAUCAAAGAAGAUGAAGAUGGGGAUGAAGAAGACCCUUGUUUAUUACAGAGGAAGGGCUCCUCAUGGCCUUCGUACUAACUGGGUGAUGCAUGAAUAUCGUCUCACUCACCUUCCUUCUUCAUCCCCAUCCUCCUCUAUCAAGGAGUCGUAUGCAUUGUGCCGUGUGUUUAAGAAGCAGAUACAAAUUCCAAAGAGAAAGGACGAAGAGAUGAUGAUGGGUACUAGCGUUGGAAAAGAGAAAAAAGAAGAAUUAGAGGAGGAGAACAUGUGGAGAAAAUGUGAGAUGGAAAGAGAAAGCGAAGAAGAUGAGAACUUAAAGAUUGCAUCUGCGGAGACAUCCUCAUCAGAGCUCACCCAAGGGAUCCUUUUAGACGAAGCAAACAACUCAUCCAGUUUCGCUCUUCAUUUCUCAUCUUCUCUUCUCGACGAUCAUGAUCAGAUUUUUGCAAACGACUCUUACCUUCCCUACUAUACUCCUCUCCAACUCCAAGAUUUUCCUCAGCUCUCUAUGAACGAAGCACAGAUUAUGUCAAUCGAUAAUUCCAAGCAACAAGACUUUCAAUGCAGAGACUCAAUGAAUGGGACACUUGACGAGAUCUUCUCUUUCUCUUCUUCCGCGACCUUGCCCCUAUGACACUAAUAUACAUUUAUUCCUUAUUUUUCACAUUCAUACUUAUUUUCUCAACGUUCUGAUAUAUUAUAUAGUUUUUCUUUCUUUCAUGGCAAAGCGUUUGUGGCUGUUGAGUUUUUUUCUACUACACAGAAACAAAAUUGGAACAUUAUAUUGGAUUA